AUGAACUUCCAAAAUCUCAAUUUCGACUAUGUGGAAGCUCCUCGUCAGUGGCCACAGCAGUUUCAGUCCGCUGAAGCUCAGCCAUCCGACUCCGAGUCAACCAUCCAGCAACCGCAGGACCGUCACCGCUUCUACUACCACCAGCAGAGACUGAUCCACAACCAGAGCCGGAGCCAGACUGAGACUCCCUCCGACUCGGACUUCAUCCCCUCUGUCCAGUCUAUUACUCCCGACUUCUCCGUCAUUCCUCCCGCACCGUCUCCUCCGCCCAUGACGGCCUCCACCCCCGAGAUCUACGGUCCUGACCGACACAAUCCCCUCCAGCCGGCGCGCCGCUCGUUUCGAUUCCCUAGCGAGGGAGGCGCACCAUCCACAGCGCCCUCGGAACCCGUGGUGCGCUUUGACGAGUCGCAGCUCCUCAUGCUGGCUGCGCAGAACGCAACCAUGGCCUCCGUGCCCAAGGACCCUCUGGUCAUUGCCGCGGGCAAGGUCACUCCCGGCGUCGACGACACCCCAUACAUCCAGUAUGCCAUCCAGGCGUUGACCCGGAACCGCCGCGACGAUUUCGACGACGACGAUCUGUCUGACGGGGACUUUGAGGACGAGAUGGCAGGCGUGGAGCCUCCACCUCGAAGGAUGACGGACGAAGAGAGGGCCUAUGCCUCGCCCGUGGCCGUGCCGCAGGCCGCAUAUGCAGGUCUCCGGGAGCCAAGGAGGCACUCGGGCAGCGACGAAGAACCCCCCGCUGUGCGCGAGAAGCCCAAGACCGACUUCUUGAUCGUGCGGCCUACUCCUCCGCUGACGCCGCUUCCCCUGGGCCCGCCGCAAACCACAGCAUCGCGGCCGGUUGUUGUCACGCCUCUGCCGCCUUCUCGCAGAGUCCCCGGCGCCGACCGGCACUGGGUCCCCGUCACCAAGGAGAUGCGCGAGAACUUCUAUCCUAAUGAUAAUACAUACCCUCCUCUCACCUACAAGCCCCGCAUCUUGCGGCCCUUCUCUAUGCUGAUUCUGAUGACGUUAUGUCUGCUCAUGACCGCGGCCCUCAUCUUCUCCGCCAUCUACUCCGACCGCCAGAAUGGCCUCACCGACUAUCCCGGCACCAUCUAUUCCGGAAAGUACUUCCUCUUCCGCAUCCUACCCCAGCUCCUCGCCGCUCCCAUCCUCCUCUACGCCCAGGCCAUUGUAUCCACUUCCCUGCGCGUACUGCCCUUCGUGUCCCUGUCCAGCGAGGACGCACGACAGCGCUACCUGGCUCUGUUCCAGGGACUCUAUCCCACCAGCUUCCUGUGGCCCCGUCUCGUCGGACCCUGGCAGUUCAAGCUUUUCAGCGUCGCCGCCUGGCUGGCACUGUUCUUGAUCCCUCUGCAGAGCGCCGCCUUCACCUGCAUCUUCGACAAUGGUGCGUGGAUUUGGGCCCCGGUCCAGCCCGUGGUGUGGACCCUCGUCGCCCUCUACCUCCUCCUCACCGUUGCCACCGCGAUCCUCAUGGUCUACUGGUUCGGCAAGUGGACUGGCCUGAUCUGGGAUGUCCGCUCCAUCGCCGACCUGAUCCCCCUCCUCAACCGCAGCAAUGCCACCGACAGCUACAAGGACGUCUGUGCAACCUCCUCGACGAGGUCCGACCGCCAGUUCAGGAACUCCCUGCAAGACCGGUGGUUCGACCGCCUGGGCUACUGGCGCAAGGAGGAGAUGCCGACUGGCGGCAUCUGGUACAGCAUUGGCGCAUCCGGCACACCUGCAGGGACCGAGCAGGUCCGCCAGCUCAUGUCGGCCAAGGGACUUGCCGGUGCCAAGCGUGUCAGCCACGACUCCUCCCUGCACUCGUCGCAGCACGAGCUGAACAUUGGCAUCCAGCAGCCAUCCGUCACUUCCUGUCUGGCUGAGCCGCGCUUCGACUACCUACCAUGGUGCCUCCGAAGCGCCCCUCUCGCUGCACUCAUCGUGGGGUCGUUUACCCUGUUGCUCGCCCUGUUCAUUGUCUCAUUCUUGCCACAGACGCGCCUCGAUGCCGGCUUUGAGCCACUCCUCCCAGCCAGGCCCACCAGCGCCGGCUUCUCCGCCGCCAAUUUCCUCUACAGCUUCCUCCCCUCCUUCCUCGGUAUGCUCCUGUGGCUCAUUUUCCAGAGCGCUGAGCUAUCCCUGCGCAUUGUCCAGCCCUGGGCUGAGCUGCUCAAGCUCGACGGUGCACUCGCCCACAAGUCACUCCUGGCCGACUACGCUGCUUGCCUGCCCAUCCAGGCAUCUUGGCAUGCGCUCAGGGCCGGCCACUGGAGAGUCGCUGUGGCUUCACUUAUGGGAGUUCUCUUCCUCGCCAUUCCCGUCCUGUCAGGUGGCUUGUUCAUGGCCCUUACGAGGGAGGAUGGCAGAGUGCUCAUGUUCCCCAGCAUUCCAGUCUACGGCGUGGUCCUCACAUUCCUCUUCCUCUACCUGGCCUGCCUCUUGUCCCUCCUGCCACUGCGCGGCCAGUUCCUCCUCCCCCGCUCCGUCGAGAGCCUGGCUGACCUCAUCACUUUCUGCUGCGCCGAUGAGCUCACGCAGGAUGCUGCCUUCCGCUCCGUGCGGUCCCGCAACGAUCUGGAGAUGAGGCUUGGCGUCGAGCCCGGCGUCGAUCCCCGCGAGGAGAGCGUCUGGUUCUUUGGCGUCGUGCCUGGCAAGGAUGAGAAGACACUCAGUAUCCGCCGCAUGAGGCGGUAUACGGAGAAGCCUCUCAUGAGACGCCGGUCUGAUCGAUCCAUGGUCUGA